AGCGCCACUGGAUCUGGUGCCUCGACCUGAUGACCCGUUCGCGAGCACGGGAGUCACACACAGCGGCUGUGCCACGCCGUCGAGCGCCUGUUGUCUCACGGUAGCGUUGGCAGGGUGAUGUAACACCUUUCCCUUCCCUAACACUCAGCCGCGUCGACAAGGCUGAAGUGCAUAACAACACCCCUCCAUCUUCACCACCACCACCACCCUCCCAAUUCAAUUCCACAACCUCACGUCUCCAACUACACACAAGGUCCUCCUCUUGCCACACCCGCCACGACGGGCACUCCAACAAAAAACACACACAAUGCCGCCAUCCCCGUCUCUCUCCGGGCCUCCACAACCACCACCCUACCCCCUCUACAACACAACCUACACCCUCCACCGCCUCUCCCCCCUCUACUCCUUCACCCUCUCCUCUCUCCCCUCCCACACCACAGCCCUCUCCGAGAUCCUAACCGGGUCCACCCUCCGCGGCGUACGAAUCGGUCUCGACACCACCGAUGUCUCGCUUUCCCGCGCCGGCGCGUUGAGGGGUGUAAGUAUGCGGCCACUACGGAAUCCUGAUGGGUGGGCGGCGGUGCAUGCUGCUGCUGAGCCGGAUGAUACUGGUAUUGGGGGAGGAGGAGAAGAUGGGGAAGUGGGGGAGGGGUGGGGUGUUAUAAUCGAAAUCACGUACGAGAAGGCAAAUUACACCGCGCUUCUCCUGCGCGAUAUUCACAACUCCCCCGCCACUACCACCACCACCACGACAGAAAGGGAAGGGGGGUUUACGCACCUCCCCCUCCUACUAACCCGUCUCCCCCCGCCCCUACGCACGACCCUCCUCGAUUUCUUAGCUACACGCUUCGAUACACGCGCGUCGCCGAUGCACCUGCCAUCCGACUUCCUUCAAAAGGCGUUGGGUGGGUACAUUGACGCCCUUGUGGCGGGGGGAGGGGAUGUGAGGGGAGGGGUGAGGGAGGUUGUUAUUAGUCUUGCUUUCCCCGCUGGCGGCGCUGGAGAUGCUGGUGAAGGUGGUGGGGGGGAGUUGAAGAAUAUCGAUAUCACGAUCUCGAGGGAUGAUAUUGUUAACUUCCUCGAGCGCGGACGGAACACCAGUACCACAACCACAACCAACACCCCCACCCCCCCCACCACCACGGAACACCACCCCUUCUGGACAGCCCUGCACACCUACACAACAACACACCUCUCCCUCUCCCUCACCUCCCCCUCCGUUUCAGUCGUCAAAAUCGCAUGUGGUGCGUUUGUGAUUGCUGCUGAGGGGAGGGUUAAGAUAUCUGCGCCUUCUGCGAGGGGAGAAAGGGAGGGGGCGGAGGGGGUGGUUGGGGCUUUAAUAGCUUCAGCUGCGCGGAUGGGCUGAGGAGCGACGAGGGGAGGGAAGGAAUUUACAAUUACGAGCAUGCGAUGAUGGAUAUGAGGGAAAGCUCGACAGACACGCAGCAGGGAGGGAGGCGAUAAAACCGUAGCGGGACGGAGAAGGACACGACCACCAAGCCCUGCCACGCACCGCCACGGCAAAAACCCCCCCCCCCAAUUCUGCGCCGUGCGCUCGGGAACACAGGGAAGGAAGAUCGAGCGAGUACCGCGCCGCUAGUGAGAUGAAAAGGCACAAUGCAUGCUGGGAGUUCAGCUCACCUCCCGCUCGACAAUGCUCGUCCUCGAGACGGCGCUGCGCACCCACCGCACCCACAAGCGCACGCACGCCUCGGCACAGCGCGCGGUGCAGGGAGAUGAAGAGCCUCGUUCGUCUCGCUAGCUGGGAUUGGGAUGUUAAGGAUGGGAUAUGGGGGGGGGGUCGCGGCGGGGGUGGAUACUGACAUCGGAAUGGUUUGGAAGACGGUG